AUGCCCUCUCAGAAACUCCGGAUAGCGUUCAUCCAUCCAGAUCUUGGAAUAGGAGGUGCAGAACGUCUUGUGGUAGACGCGGCUUUAGGCUUGCAGAAACUAGGCCAUGGCGUGGACAUAUACACCUCCCACCACGACCGAGGGCAUUGCUUCGAAGAAACGCGCGACGGAACUCUUCAUGUACACCAUGUCGUCCCACCUUUCCCCCGUGCUAUCAAGGGAAAGCUGCACAUCGUCUUCUCCCAUGCACGACAACUCCAUCUCACCGCUCAUCUGCUGCGACCCGGCGCGCCACGCUAUGAUGUGUUCUUUGUAGAUCAGCUCUCAACUUGCAUACCAUUCUUGCGCGCCUUCGCGCAUACACGCGUAUUGUUCUACUGUCACUUCCCCGACAAGCUUCUCGCAGAUGGUGCAUACAUCGAGGGGACAGCGAAGAGGGGCAGCGUACUGAAGCGCAUAUACAGACUACCGAUGGACUUCUUGGAGGAGGUGACGACAAAGCAGGCUGAUACUAUCCUCGCAAACUCGAACUUUACUGUGAGCGUAUUCAAGGAACAUAUGCUCUCAAUAGCCAAGACGCCUCGCGUUGUAUAUCCCGGGAUAAACUUCGACGCAUAUGCACCGCCAGACGCCGCCCAGCGAGCUGAUCCAGACAUCGCACAAAUCGCCUCAGACCGACCAACGUUACUUUCGGUCAACCGGUUCGAACAGAAAAAGAAUGGCGUGCUCGCAAUCCAGUCGUUCGCCCUGCUGCGUAAGAGACUCGUAGCGACAACGGAUGAUACACUGCGAAGUCUACGGCUCUCCGCAGGCGGGUAUGACCCUCGACUCUUGGACAACGUCAAAACUCUCGAGGCGAUGCUCGACUCCGCCAAGACCCACGGCCUCACCUACGCCCUCCUCACACCCUCGACCUCGACCGUCCCCCUCCCCUCUUACUCUUCCACCGCAUCCUCCCCCCAAUCGGCCGACAUCAUCUUCCUCCUCAAUUUCUCUGGACCCCAGCGCUCUGCGCUCCUCACCGCCUCCUCGACACUCGUUCUGCUCUAUACGCCCGCGAACGAGCACUUCGGCAUCGGCCCCGUUGAGGGUAUGAUCUGCGGCCUCCCCGUUCUCGCGGCGAACAGCGGCGGGCCGACUGAGAGCGUUGUCGACGUGCCCCCAGCCGAGAAAACCGGAUGGCUUCGCGAGCCAAGCCCUGGGGUGUGGGCGGAGGCAUUGGAGGAGAUCGUCGGGCUGAGCGAUGGAGAGAGGAGGGAGCUGGGAGAGCGCGCGAGGAGGAGAGCGAGGGAGAAGUUUGGGAUGGAGGCGAUGGCGAAGGACUUGGAGGAGGCGUUGAGGCAGACAGCCGCGAUGGGUCCAGUGCCGACGCCCGUUGGCGUCUGGGUCGCGCUGGCGAUCUUCUUUGGUUUGUUAGCUUAUUUUGUGCAGUUGGCGUUGCUGUGA